AUGAAGCUCUUGUGUUAUGUUCAGAUCUUUUUAUCAUGGUUUGGAUUGGUGUUGACAGCAAGCAGCAACAGUAAUGUUGGAAUCCAAGAUAAUUUUCCCUUCACCUCUGUCGUUGACAUUUUAUCUCAGAAUGUUGAGUUUUCUACAUUUCUAAGAGCUGUGCAGAGGAAUGGAUUUAUCCCGUAUUUGAAUGAAUUACAAAAUUAUACAUUGAUGGCCCCUGUAAAUUCUGCAUUCAUUGAUAAUGAGCCAGAAGAUAAGAAUUAUAAGUUUGACAUUGAAAAUUAUUUGAUCCAUGAUUCUGUUCUAUUAACUUCUGGAAUUGAUCAAGGAAUUUCUGUCAUAUCUGAGGGAGUGAAAUUUCCCUAUGUUUUAGAAAAGUUAAGCGAUGAUACAAUUAUUGUUAACGACGUUAAAUUGGUAGAUUCUGACUUGCUACCGAAUUUCCAAAAUGCUAGUGUACACGGUAUCGGGGAAAAAAUCAAUACGCCUUUUGGAUUAAGGAACUUUUUACAAAAGAUUGAGCAUGAUUUUAACGACUUCCAUUUGUUUAAUAAUUUUACUCGAAAUAUACCUGCAGUUGAAUCAAUAACGACCAACCGUACAAUAUUGAUACCUUCAGAUUACAAUUGGCAUAAUUUUUUUUCAGAAGUUGAAAUAAAUUAUAUCACAGAUGCUUUCAAUAGUCUGCAGAGAAUGGAAGGAGACACUAGAUAUAUUUGGAAUACCGAUAGACAAAAUUUUAUUCAAAAUAUUAUAAUUGAUAAAAUCUUGGGUGGCAUGGUACCCGAUGUACAUUAUCCGGAAAAUCUGAAUGGCGAUCCGCUUGAUUUUCAAAGUGAAAGAAAUGGAUCCGUCUUGCUUGUUAAUGGCUCAAAAUCUUCAGAUCUUUCAAAUAUGGCUUUUAACAGGGGGCUAGUUCAUUCCUUUGAUAAUUUAGAGAUCAUUAAAGAUAUUAUCAGUUUUACUGCUGAGAAAUAUUUGCAUGGGAUUAAUUGCUCAGAUUUUGUCAGAGAACUAUAUUUUCGUAAUUUACAGUGCUUGAUUAGGGAUUCAAGAGAAACUCAAGGUGAGGAAAAAACUAUUUUUGUUCCAGAUGUUCCUUCGGCUGCUUAUGAUGGAUUCAGUAGACCUGGGCUACUGUACCAUUUCGUCGGUAGCAAGAUCUGGUUGGAUCAAGAGUUUUCAGAAGAGAAUCUUGGGAAAAGUAGGAUGUUUGAGUCCAAGUUUUGUGAUUCUGAUGAAAAUUUAGGUGGUAAUUGUCAGAGGAUUAAGAUAAUUAAAGAUCGCGGUGAAUACUUCAUAAAUGAAAAAUAUAGGGUAAUUCAUGAGGAGCCUUUUCAAAUUGGAAAUACUCUCAUUUAUUUGGUAUCGGACAAAAUGAAAUUACCAGGAGAUUUAACGCCUUCGAUAAAUCCAUUUUACGGAUGUUCCAGGUCAUUGAUGUUCCUAAGCCAGUUAAAUAUUCUCGAUUUACCUUUGAACAAGGAAGGGUAUACUAUUCUUAUGCCUUGCUUCGAUUCGUGGGAAUUUUUGGAGCUGAAUCUGCAAUUUCUUGAAAACAAUAUGACUGCCAUCAAUUCCAUAAUGAAGAACUUGAUUAUUGAUGGACUUAUCUAUUCUGAUUCAAAGGAUACCACUUUUGAGACGAAAAAUUUGCUGGGUGAUUCUAUAUUGGUACAAGCAGAACGCCUGCAUAAUGGUGAAGGUACGGAGUUGAAUCUAAAUUUGAGCAGUGUGGGAACAAAAAUAAAAAUAAAAAAUGACUUAGAUUUAUUCUUCAGUCAAGGCGUGGUACAUCCUUUAGGGCAAUUAUACCUUCCAAAAUCGGUUACUGUGACGUUGAUAGAUCUCAUCCGUACUACAGGCACUACCCAACUCAUUGAGCUUUUCGAGAAAUUUGAUGACCUUUCCUCAAUUAUACACGGGAAUAAACCCUAUUCCCUGUUGGUUCCAACGGAGUCAUCUCUGUCACUUGUCGGUGAUAUUCUUAAUUCCACUAAACUUCUCAAUUUGUUGAAAUUGCAUGUUAUAGAAGGAGAUUUUACGUCAAGCCUCUUACACUGUGAAGGCAAUGUUACUACUUUACUGGGCGAUUCGCUGUUCUGCAGGAAAGAUUCUCAGGAAAACUAUUUCUUAGGUGUCCUCAAUGGUGCUCAGAGAGAAGUAAGAAUCAUGAAAAAAGGGUGUUCUUCUCAUAAUUCCUGUGUCUUUUUGAUUGAUCGACCAAUUUCCUUACAGUGGUUAAAUCGGAGGAAAAUUUGGUUUGGGUUACCAAGAAGCCCGUUGGGCAUUGCAAUGCUCACUGAAACAGUCAUAUUGUUCAUCGGUCUCUCUCUUUUUUUCUUUAAAAGGAAGAAGGUACCGGGCACUAACUUAGUGUCACCUAAUAACGAUGAUGCAGAAAUCACACGUCCCCUUAUCGCUCCUGGCGAAAACACGAGUCCUGACGGUAGAAAUGAAACUUAA